CAAGGCUAUAACGGGAGAGGAUAUUUUGCCUUCGUGACAGAUGGUGGCGUGGUGGUGUGAUGGGUGGGUGCGUGUGUGCAGCGAGACCACCGCGGUGUCAACGGGAGUGGUGGCCCCUUUUGAACGAGGGCGCUGCGUUUGCGCUUUAAAGAUGAUCGAGGCGAUGGCACGCGCCGCAGUGCGAGCAGCAAGAAUUCUGAGGCCGAGGCGAACUCAUCACGUCAGGUGUGGGAAUGUAAGGAGCCUGCACAUUUCAAGAACUUGUUCAAGAAGCUGUCGGGAUAAUUUUUCCGACAAGGAUAAAGUGACCGGCGAUGGAAUAUGUAUGAAGGCGGUCGCUGCGCAGAAUGCGCAGCUCAACCUCCGAUCGGAGGUAUCGCCCGAGAUGCGACGCUGGGCGUACGAGUGCUGCCGGGAAUAUCUCGCUGGGACGUGGAAACACAUCAGCGAGGAUGACUUCAUCAUCAGCGUUGUCACUGGUGGAUUGAGUAACCUGCUGUACACGUGCAUACUGCGUUCUGAUGUGCCAAGCAUGGGAGGGGAGCCACGGCAAGUCCUCCUGCGCAUGUACGGAGCCAUUCUGCAGGAUCCUCGUUCGCUUGUGUUGGAGAGUGUAAUGUUUGCCACGUUGGCCGAAAGGAAGCUGGGACCUGCACUGUACGGGGUCUUUCCAGAGGGCCGGCUGGAAGAGUUCAUACCGAGUAAGCGACUCAGCUGCGUGGACCUGAGGGACCCCGACUUAUCAGCACUGAUUGCGUGCAAGAUGGCACAGUUCCAUUCUAUGAAAGUGCCCCUCAACAAGGAGCCCAAGUGGCUGUAUGAGAGCAUAGAAAGGUACCUCAAGCAGGUUAUGCAACUGGAUUUCUCGGAGAGCUCCAAAAGGAUGAAAUAUGACGACCUACUUGCCUGUGACUUGCCAAAUGAGCUACAAAGAUUAAGAGAUAUUCUCAACGCUACACCAUCCCCAGUUGUGUUUUGCCACAACGACUGUCAGGAAGGAAAUAUUCUGCUCCUGGACGAAAGCUCUGAGAAAAGCAAGAAGCUUAUGAUCAUCGACUUUGAAUACUGCAGCUAUAACUACAGGGGAUUCGACAUUGGGAACCACUUCUGUGAGUGGAUAUAUGACUACGCCUGUGACACUUGGCCCUAUUUCCAUUCAGAUGCGAAGCGGUACCCAACUCUUGAUCAGCAGACUCAUUUCCUAAGGAACUACAUCAUGGAGAACCAGGGGAGAGAACACAACAUUUCUGCAGCGCAAUCUGACAAGCAUGUAGCACAGAUGCUGUUUGAAGUGAAUCGGUUCGCUCUGGCAUCACAUUUCUACUGGGGCCUCUGGGCAAUCCUUCAGGCCAAGAUGUCGUCCAUCUCCUUUGGUUACUUGGAGUAUGCCCAAGAUCGAUUCAAGAUGUACUUCGCACAGAAGCGGAACAUGGAAGGCUAGUGUGUUUUAUGAAGAAACGGCACUGUGUUAUAAAUGUAUACUUGUAAUGGGCAUUAUGUCAGUGUAAAUAAAUGUUAAAUGGACAUUUCUUUUUUUUAGUUUUCCCUUAUCGCAAUCAUAGCCCGAAUCCAACAUUUUACUUGCCCUAGAAAAAUGCUUGCCAGUUCACUGCUGGAUGAAGGCCUCCCCAAGUUGUGUAGAUGGGGGGGGGGGGAGGGAGGGGUGCAGUAGUUUAUGCACUGCAAUAUGAACCUCACCACCUGAGUUACAUUUAUGGAAAUGGUUAAAGGCUAAUAUCAAUGUUGAGCAAUAUCUGAACAAAUCUGCAACCUGCAAUGACCAGCAUGGUGCAGUAUGGUCAACAACCUGCAUGAUUGACAUGGUGUGGGGAGGCUUGCAUCCAGGAGUGGAUUUACAAGAGAUAGUGCAUUAUAAAUGAAAGACGAAUAGUCAUUUUUAUUUCGGUCUAUCGUACAAUAUUGUAUACCAAUGAUCAAGCUGCAAUUACAUGUUAAAAUAUCUAUAUAUCUAUAGUGUAUUCCUAUUAAUAGCUUUUAUAGAAAGGUUAAAAAACAAUGUGUUUUUUAUGUUUGGCAUGUCCAAAAUGCUACUAAUUACAGUUCGUAGAUCAGACCAGUCCUUUGGAAUAUGUAUUAUUUGGAAUUUGGGAAGCUGUACAGUUAUUUGCACACUAAAUGUGUUGGUGAGUAACACCAUUCUUGCACGUGUUGUUUAAGAAUGGCUGACAUAUACUCAACCGUACUUGUUGCUUGAACACAAUGAAAGAGCAUUUACAGCUCUCGUUCUCUGAUGUGUUUUCGGUCAGUACCGCGAGUUGUUCGGCAAAAUGUACGACGUUCCACUCUUUGUGCUGCCAGCAUCUUCGGGAAGUGAAAUGGAGGGCAUCGUGGCGAACAAACACACAGUAUAAACCCUAAAGCACAUCAGAUAACUAUGUAGCACAACCACGGACACAUGCAGUCUCAUUUACAUUUGUUUCAACAAACUAUUCACAGUGGAGAGGCUUUAUCCAGUAGUGCAUUAACAAAAGCAUCUAUUUUAUAAAGAAAUUACGUAGAGUGAUCAUAAUCCUUUUAUAACCUGAAUCUCUCUUUAAAAGGUUGUAUAUACUGUAAAUGAUAAAGGUGCUCUUACAUGUAAAGAAUUAUUCCAAAGAGUGUAUUUUAUAUAACAAGAACGUAAAAAAUAUCCUUUAUGGGUGUCAUGGCCAAAAUGUCUAUUAUUGCUCAUAGAUAAGAAAGAGCAGCCCUAUGGGAUCUGUUAUUUACAAUCUGAAAACUGUACAGCCAAUUAUGUUGGUUAGUUAUGCUCAAUUUUGCACGUCUUGUUUAACAAUAGAUACUAUCUGCUCAAUGAUAGCUGCUGCUUCGAUCACAAAUAAUCUCAACUAUUUUACAUUUGCUUAACACACUGACUUAAAAUAACCAUCAACAUUUACCCUACAAUACAACGUUGUAUAUCUGACUUGCUGGAGACUGUGGAAAGGUAAAAUACUAUAAUGCGAACAUUAAACAAAAUCUACGUUGCACGUUGCACAUAUGAACGUAUUGGCGGUACAGGGGUGAGCGGUAUAUAAAAAGCAAUUUUUUACAAGAAUUAUCUUUUUUUCGGCGAUUCGAAACCCUGGUCAAAAAAUCUUGCGUAGUGGUGUGUCAAAAUCAGUUAUCGCGAUGUCGAAGCAAUCGAAAGACGAAAGUCGGUUCAGAUUUUGAAUUUAGACUGCUGUAUGAUGCAUUGGUGUACCGCCAAUACGUCCACAGACUGCCCUAGCAGUUAAUUGGUCAUAAGGUGGAUAUGCGACAUCCCGACUAUCAUCAAUUUCCUUAAACAUUACUUUCAUCUUUACAGUGCAUUCUCAUAUGUUUGUUUUAGAAUUCAUAAAAUCCAUGAGUAUUAUUGUGUCCGAUUUACAUGUACUGUACAUAUAUUCUCUAAUUAAAUUCAGUAAUCGUAUUAAAUACGUUCUACAUUGGUUUAAUGAUAUCAAUUAAGCCCUGUCCACACAAACCUUUUACUGUUCAUUAAAAUCUGGGCAAGUCAAAAUGUUUGCUUCAAUAAUGUAUGAUUUCAUAAUUUAGCCUGAGCAAUAACACACAGAAGGCUGUCCGAGGUGAUUAAACAUUUUACAAACGGUACGUAUGUUCAUAAAAAACUUAGUGAUUGUUUUCCUACAUCUAUUUUUAGAUACUCAACGUGGCUUAUAUAUUAGCCAAAUGCGGUUUUGCGAAAGGGCACGUGCUCAAUGUGUGUGUAAUACCCCUCGGUUUUCCUCUCCCAAGCCAAACUCUCAUUUUGGGAAUUGGCCAUAUCAUUUAAAGGCAGGAACACCUCUUGUAAUCAAGUCUUGAGACUCAAUGGCAUUAUUAUUUAGACAAUUUGUGGCUGGGAAAUGUGUUAGGAGAACCUCAUAUAUAAAUGAGACAUUAUUUUGGGAUGCUGCGUUGGCAGUGGCCCACAAGCACAAUUGCAGUAGGGCCGUUGCCCGAAACGUCAUCUAUCUUUCUUUUAAAGCAGUAAUAUUGAUGAAUGUGUUGAGUUAAUGUGGGGUUAAAUCUACAGCCCUUUUGUAAACCCAACUGCUGGAUGAAGGCCCCUCCCUAUGCUGCCGUGGUCACGGGGAUUGUUUCACCACACUUUCUCUUUCAUUAGUGUGGGUUGCAAGACGCGGACAACUAAUACGUGGGAGCAUAGUAACAGUACACAGUGAAAAUAACUCUGCACUGCCCCCCAUUUUUCACAGCGUAGCCCUGAGCAACCUACAACACCACCAUCCACCAUCGUCGUGCAUGGUGAUCAACCCGGCAUAGCUUCCGAGAUCUAAUUGGUGCGGGCACAUUCGUUCUUUGGCCAUACGUACUGUGAACGGAUGCUUUUAAUCGGAGGAAAAGCAAUCACUAACUUGACUGAACGUCAAGAGAGAAUGCAGAUGGAUUGUGAGUGAUGUAGAUAUCAUUGGCAAAGGAUCAUCAUGGGCAUUCUUCAUGGAGCAGACUUGAUCCAGCAGUGGGCUGAUCCGCCCCUACUGGACAUCCAUGGUAAAGAGCUUUGUUGCUCAUCGGAUUCCUCCUCCAGUAUAAAUAUCGGAUGACUGAAAAUGGUUUCGUUUGGCAGGUGUACGGCGCAUAUUUUUGUAAACCAAUUGGCUUAAAAGGUGGAUUUUUGGAAAAAAAUAAUUACAGACAUGAACCUAGAAUAAAAACUCACCACCCUCUCUACAUUAUUACUGCCUUGUAACAAAUUAUACAUAAUAGCCUGAUGAUCAUACUCUUUGGUUCUUUCGGUAAAGUCACGUAGUUAGAUAUUAAAUUAAAAAAAUCCUGCAGUCACGAAAGCUUUAAAUGAAGCCUGAUGAUCCUUAUACCAGAAAGGGCAGAUAGACGAUCGCACUGUGUUUUUAAUUUGUUUUUUAGGCAGUAUUAAUGGUGUAUGCACAGUAUAUACUUUAUUAAAAUCUAGCCAAAACCAAAUAUUUUAA